AUGCAAGAAGAGUUACAAAAUCCAAGGCUUAAGAUAGCAGAAAUGGAGAAAGCACAAGCAGAACAAGCAAAGGCGCAAGCUAAGCAAGCAAAGGCGCAAGCUAAGCAAGCAAAAGAGUUCGAGGAUUUGAAGAAUGAGUUGGUGAAGUACUUACCAAACUUAAGUGAAGAAUCUGAUCCUGUCACCGAAGAUGAUAACUGA